AUGGCAGAAUACAAGGGUGCCUCGUCGGAGGGCCAACGGCAGGCCAUGCUGGAAAAGAAAAGAGCAAAAAUGUUGAGCGAUUUCGAAAAGCAACGUGAAAAAAUCGCUAAAGAUAAUCAAGUCAACAUAACCACUAGCAAAUUUGUCACGCAAUACGACGAUGUAGAAGAUUCAUUAAAAAAGGAGACAAUCGGUUUGGUCAAGCUUGAAGAUUUUCAAAAGAUUCGAAAAGAGUUACAAGUUCAGAAAGAAAGAGAGGCGGCUAGAACUGCAGAGCUUAAAGACGAUAAGAUUAAAAAGAAACGCAAGAAAAAGGAGAAGGUCAAGUUGUCAUUUUAUACGGAUGAUGCAGAUGAUGAUCAAGUAGACGAUAAUAAAAAUGAAAGUUCCAACAACACCAAUAAUACAGAUCUAGAGAACGGGGAUGAAAAUGGUAAUGAAAAAACGGACUCUCCAUUAACGAAAAAGCCUAAAUUAGGUAAAAACCCUAAUGUGGAUACUUCGUUUUUGCCUGACAGAGAUAGAGAGGAAGAGGAGCGCAAGGAAAGGGAAAAGUUACGACUGGAAUGGUUGCGGAAACAGGAAGAAAUAAAAGAGGAAAAAAUAAGUGUCACCUACUCGUACUGGGAUGGCACUGGUCACCGUAAAACCGUUGCGUGCAAAAAAGGUGACUCGAUCGCUGAUUUCUUGGAAAAAUGUCGACUACAGUUUCAUGAAUUGCGUGGAGUGAGCGUGGACAAUCUUAUUUAUGUGAAGGAGGAUUUGAUCAUUCCACAUCAUUACACGUUCUACGAUUUCAUUAUCAAUAAGGCAAGAGGAAAAUCAGGACCAUUGUUUAACUUUGAUGUUCACGAUGAUGUUCGCUUGACACAUGACGCUACCGUUGAAAAGGACGAGUCACAUGCAGGUAAAGUUGUUGAAAGGAAUUGGUAUGAAAAGAAUAAACACAUCUUUCCCGCGAGCCGAUGGGAGGUGUAUGAUCCGGAGAAAAAU